AUGCCGAGCUCCUCCCAGAGCCCUCAGAACGGCACCUGGACGAAGCCCUUCUCCCUGCUUUUAGGUCUGGGCGCCACCCUCUACUUGGGCUACUACUGGAGAUACGUGCCCUAGAGGCCUCAACUGGUGACUGGGUCCUGGUUUCUGGCCUUCCUGGAGCAACACUGUCCCGUGACUCUGGAGACUUUCUACCCGACACCAUGGUGUUUUGAAGGGUGGCUACAAACCAUCUUCCGGGUCUUACUGCAGUCUCAGCCUCCAGUCCCUUACUGGAGUGAAGUCCUCCAAACCCCAGAUGGAGGCCAGUUCCUGCUAGACUGGGCUGGUGGGCACAGCAGCAGUCAGUACCCUGACCCUACUACUCAGCCCAUUGUAUUACUGCUUCCCGGUAUCACAGGCAGUAGCCAGGACUCCUACGUCUUGCAACUGGCUAACCAAGCUCUGCGGGAGGGCCACAGAGCUGCUGUAUUUAAUAACCGGGGCUGCCAUGGGGAAGAACUGCUGACCCACAGGGCCUUUUGUGCCAGCAAUACAGAAGAUCUGGAGAUCGUCGUGAACCACAUAAAGCAGUGCUACUCCCAAGCUCCACUGCUGGCCGUGGGCAUCUCUCUCGGAGGGAUAUUAGUGCUGAACCACCUAGCACGAACAGGGCAGGCUUCGGGGCUGGUAGCGGCACUGGCUCUUUCUGCAUGCUGGGAUUCCUCUGAGACCACCCGCUCCCUGGAGACCCCGCUCAACUCCCUGCUCUUCAAUCAGCACCUCACUGCAGAGCUCCGCCACACUGUGAACCGAAAUAGAAAGGUGAUGGAAAAGGUGGUGAACGUAGACUUUGUGCUACAGGCCCGCACCAUCUGCCAGUUUGACGAGCGCUACACAGCUGUGGCCUUUGGAUAUCAAGACUGUGUUACCUACUACCAAGCAGCAAGCCCAGGAACCAAGGUAGAUGCCAUCCAGACCCCCGUGCUCUGCCUCAACGCAGCUGACGACCCCUUCUCCCCAAUCCAAGCCCUUCCCCUACAGGCUGCCCAAUGCUCUCCCCAUGUCGCACUGCUCACCACAGCCCGGGGCGGCCACAUUGGCUUCCUGGAAGGGCUGUUCCCCUGGCAGCACUGCUACAUGACCCGCCUCUUGCAUCAGUACGCCAAAGCCGUCUUCCAGCACCCAGCGGAGCUGCUCAACCUCAGGGAUCUCUCACCUUCCGAGAGAGGCAAGAGCCGACAGGAGUACCACUGGGGUCUUAACUCAGUCUUCACUAAUUUAUUAAAUAUCAACUUUUCCUGAAGAAUGGGCUGAGGUUCAU